GCAUCGCCGUCCCGCCGUGAGGAAGAGGAGGGAACCGGGCUGGAGCGGGAGGAAGGCAAACGCUCCUACUCCAUGGAGCACUUCCGCUGGGGGAAGCCGGUGGGACGCAAGAGGAGACCCGUCAAGGUUUACCCCAACGGGGUGGAGGAGGAGUCGGCCGAGAGUUACCCGCUGGAGUUCAGGCGGGAGCUGGCGCUCGGUGACGCCGCGGCGCUGCCCGAGGAGGGAGAGGAGGAGGAGGAAGAGGAGGAAGGCCAGGAGGAGGAGAAGAAGGCCGGCGGCUCCUACCGCAUGCGCCACUUCCGCUGGCAAGCGCCUCUGAAGGACAAGCGCUACGGGGGCUUCAUGACCUCGGAGCACGGCCAGACCCCCCUAGUGACUCUCUUCAAAAACGCCAUCAUCAAAAGCCCCUACAAGAAGGGGCAGUGA